CACAAACUCCGCCCACACAGGUUUCUUCCUGCUUUCAUGAAGGGAAUGACAAACUUCGACAUGCUGGAUGAUGAAGAGAAACAUCAGGACUCAGAGAAGAUGAUGAUCAGCUGAUGAGUAAAGAAAGAACAGAACAUAAACAUGUCCAGCAGAGAAAGACGAGCUGUUGUUCACAGUACUGCUCAGAGGAGAAGACGGAGCAAAGACAGACCACCCAACCUGAGUGAUCUGAGGAUUGUUCUCCUGGGGAAGAGCGUGUCAGAAAACAGUCUCGUAGGAAACUUCAUCUUAGGACGAGCAGUGUUUGACAGUGAAGCUGCUCCAGAUGUUGUAGAGAGAGUCGGAGGAAGACUGAAGUACAGACACCUGAUGAUCAUCAACAGUCCUCAGCUGCUCCAGAGGAACAUCUCAGACCAUCAGAUCACACAGACAGUGAGAGAGUGUGUGUAUCUGUCUGAUCCAGGACCUCAUGUGAUCCUUCUGCUCCUCAAACAUGAGCCGUGUUCAGCAGAAGAUCAGGAGCGUGUGGAAAAGGUGCUGGGAUCUUUCUCUGAGAAGGUUUAUCAACACACCAUGUUGCUCAGCACACAAGAGACCACAGAAACCAGUGACGUCCUACAGAACAUCAUUCAGAAGUGUGCAAACAGACACUUCAGUCUUCAGAGAAGCAGCUCUCCUGAGGAUCUUCUGCAGAUGUUUGAGGACAUUGUGAAGAUGAAUGAUGGACAUCACCUGGAGUGUGAUGGAGCUGCACAGUGUUUCACAGUGGAGCAACAGACCACAGAGAGACUUUCAGAGGCUGUGAAGCUGAAUCUGGUCGUGUGUGGGAGCGACGGGAUGUUAAAAUCCUCUGUAUCAGAGCAGAUCCUGCAGCAGACAGAUGGGGAGCUUCAUGGUCAUCAGAUCAGUGUGAUAGAGCUUCCGGCUCUGACUCGUCUCUCAGAAGAGGAAGUGAUGCGUCAGACUCUCAGCUGUGUGUCUCUCUGUGACCCUGGAGUUCAUGCUUUCCUCCUCAUUGUUCCUGAUGCUCCACUCAAUAAUGAAGACAAAGCAGAAAUGGAGGAGAUCCAGAAGAUCUUCAGCUCAAGGAUCAACAAACACCUCAUGGUCCUCAUAAUGCAGGACUCAGAGCAUCAGACAGAACUCAGUGAAGAGACACAGUCUGUCAUCGAGAGAUUCGGAGGAAGACAUCAGUUCUUCGGUUCAAAAACACCAGUGUCCACACUGAUGGAGAAGAUCGAGCAGAUGCUGGAAGAAAACAGAGGAGAGUUUUACUCCACAGAGACAUUUCUGGAGGCUCAGAUGAAAAAACUGAUGAAAUAUGAAGAGAUGAAGAAGAAAAUUAAUUCACUAGAGACUCAUUUACUGUCACAAGUUUCAAGAGAAAACACAGAUGAUGAACUGAGGAUUGUGCUUCUGGGAAAAACUGGAGUUGGGAAAAGUGCAACUGGAAACACAAUCUUAGGAAGAAAUGCUUUUAAAGCAGAAGCAUCAUUUGAGUCAGUGACUAAAGAGAGUCAGAGAGAAUCAUGUGAAAUCAACGGUCGACGUGUUACUGUGAUCGACACUCCAGGACUGUUUGAUACUGAACUGAGUAAUGAAGAGAUCCAGAGAGAAAUCAGACACUGUAUCUCCAUGAUCCUGCCUGGACCACAUGUGUUUCUCUUACUGCUUCCACUGGGACGAUUCACUAAACAUGAGGAAGCAUCAGUGGAGAUCAUCCAGGAGACGUUUGGGGAGAAAUCUUUAAUGUACACCAUGGUGCUCUUCACCAGAGGAGACGAUCUGAAGAACAGAACCAUUGAUCAAUGUUUGGGGAAACCUGGAUCUCCUCUGAUGAAGCUGAUCGAAGCGUGUGGAAACAGAUUUCAUGUGUUCAAUAAUAAUCAGACUGAAGACCGAACACAGGUGACUGAUCUACUGCAGAAGAUAGACGACAUGCUGAGAGAGAACGGAGCGAGUUUCUACUCAUGUAAGAUGUUCAGAGACAUGGAGAGAGAAAGACAAGAACAACAGAUCAAGAUCAUGAUGGACAGAGUCAGAGAAAGAGAGGAAGUGAUGAAGAAAGAACAAGAGACAUUGAAACAUGAAACUGAGCAACUGAAGCAAGAAAACAAGAAGAUAAAAGCAGAAAAAGAGAAACUUCAGAUCAAAUAUAACAAAGAAACAGAAGAACUGAUGAACAGAAUAGAAAUUGAGAGGAGAAAAAGAGAAGAAGAGUUUACUGAGAGAGAAAAACGAUACAAAACACUAAUGAAAGAAAAAGAAGAGAGUGAGGAAAAGAUGUGUGAGAAGAUGAAGAGAGAACGAGAGGAAUGGGAGAAACAGAAACUAGAGGAAAAGAUGAGAAGAGAAGAAGAGGAUGAGAAAAGAAGAGAGAAAGAACAGAGAGUUUGGCAUGAAUUUAAUCAGAAAUUGACACGAGAGAGAGAGAGAAUGGAAAGAGAGAAAGAAUAUUUUCAAUCUAAAUGUGAAACAGAAGAAAACAAGAUGAAGAUCCUGAUGGAGAAAGUGAAAAGAGAACAAGAAGAACGGAUGAAGAAAUAUGAAGAAGAGAAAGAGAGAAUGACCAUGAUGAUGGAGGAAGAACGACAAAAUCAUGAGAAAGAGAGAAAGAUGAGGGAAGAAGAAUUCAGAGAGAGAGAAGAACGAUAUACAGCGCUGAUGAAAGACAGAGAGGAAAAGGAGAGGAAAAUGCUUGAGAAGAUGAAUCAGGAACGAUUGCAGUGGGAGAAACAGAAACAAGAUGAAAGGCAGAAAAGAGAAGAAGAAAAAAUCGAAAAACAGAUAUUUGACCUUUACAUGGAACAACAAAGUCCAGAUUACAGAAUGAUGCGAAAAGUACAGAGAGUUCCUGUCAACAUCCAGGAUACUCCAGUCUUCCAUCUCCGAUUCCUAAGGAUUGUUCUUCUGGGUAAAAUUGGUUGUGGGAAGAGUGCAUCUGGAAACACAAUACUGGGACAGAAAGUGUUUAAAUCUGAGGUUGAGUUUGAUUCAGUAACCUGUCAAUGUUCAGUGAAACAGACCACUGUUUCAGACAGAUCUGUGUCUGUAGUUGAUACUCCUGGAUUGUUUGACACACGAGAUGUGUUGAACACAGGUGAGCAGGUAAAGAAAGAGAUAGCGAGAAGUGUUUAUAUGUCCAGUCCUGGACCGCAUGCUUUUCUCAUUGUUCUGCGUGCAAAUGACAGAUUCACUGAACAUGAUCAGCAGAUUCCUAAGAUGAUUGAGAUGAUUUUUGGUCAGGAGGUGUUAAAAUACUCCAUCAUUCUCUUCACUUGGGGAGAUCAGCUGAAAGGAAAGUCCAUAGAGAAUCUCAUUAAGGAGAACAGUCGAUUAAGACAUCUAGUUCAAGAGUGUGGAGGCAGAUAUCACGUCUUCAACAACAGAGAUCAGAGAAACAGAGAGCAGGUGAAUGAUCUGCUGAAGAAGAUUGACACAAUGAUAGAGCAGAAUGGAGGAGGAUACUACAGUCAUCAGAUGUUUCAAGAUGCUCAGAGAUACAGACAGAGAGAGGAAGAAAAGAGGAGAAAGAGAUAGGAGGGAAAACAACAAGAGGAAAAUCAAAUAGUCAGAUUCCAGAAUAUCAGAGCAGAGAAUGAAUCUCAAAGACUUAAAGCAGAGUAACAGAGAGCAGGUGAAUGAUCUGCUGCAGAAGAUUGACACAAUGAUAGAGAAGAAUGGAGGAUACUUACAGUAAUUGGAUGCUUGAAGAUGCUCAGGAAUUCAGACAAGAGGAGAAAAAGAGAAAGAGUGCCUACCAUCAUGGCCUCCUAACAAUCCCCACAUCUGCUGAUUGGCUGCUGAUUGUCUCCUCUCCAUCAGUAAGCUGGUGUGUGGUGAGCGUUCUGGUGCACUAUGGCUGUCGUCGCAUCAUCCAGGUGGAUGCUGCACACUGGUGGUGGAUGAGGAGAUACCCACUGUAUAUGUAAGCGCUUUGAGUGUCUAGAAAAGCGCUAUAUAAAUGUAAGGAAUUAUUAUUAUUAUGAACAGGAACGAGCACACUUGACAAUGAAUAAAAUGAAAUACGGUGUGUUUUCUGUUAACUGGCAAAUACAAUUGAUGAAAUACAAUUAGGUGAACUGGUAGAGGGUGAGUUUCACACCAGCCCGGAACACACA